AUGACAUCUCGGCGACAUUAUCCCCAGCUACAUGUUCCAGAGAUUUCCGACACUGCAGGUGGACCUACAUCACGCUGGAAUUCAGGAAGUGUACUUUUCGGAGAUUGUGCGACGUGGUAUGCAGAUGAAGUAGGUAUGCCCCAGCCAGCAGCACCCAGUGGUAGAGACAGUAUCCCCCCUGUCUACCUUCCUGGAAGAGAAACCUGCAAAUCUGUGCAUGAAAAGUACCAGAAAGUGUCUUGUGAUGAAAACAUCAGAUGCCUAUCUGCUGUGUCCUUCAGACGAAUAUGGAGAAAAUGUCUACCUCACAUCGUUAUUAUGAAUCACAGGACUGAUGUUUGUCACAAAUGUGAAACUUACAGAGAGCAGAUUGUGAAGGCUGUCACUGAAGAAGACAAAUUGUUGGCCAGCAAUGAGUUCUCCAGCCACAUUUACACUGCCCAGAAGGAGAGGGACUAUUACAGAGCUAGAUGCCAGGCAGCUAUAAAGUCUCUGGAGGAACGUCCAAAACCCAGAGGUCCUGUGACACCUGCAUCAGCAGACAGUCCUGAUGUCCACCAUACAUUUGACUUUGCUCAAAGUGUUUUGUUGCCCAGUCACUGCAGACAGGAAGGUUCUUUAUAUUUAAGAUCACCCUACAAGGCCAACCUGUUUGGCAUUUGUAAUGAUGGACGGUUGUUACAGACCAACUACGUGUUUGGAGAGGAUCAGUCAAUGGGUGUAGAUGGUGGACAAAGUCAUUCUGCAACUGCUGUGGUAUCCAUGCUUCAUCAUUACUUGUCAACAUACUCAGAAGGGGAGAAGGUGGUGUACUUGAAUGCUGACAACUGUGGUGGCCAAAACAAAAAUCAAGUGGUAACCAGUUAUCUGGCAUGGAGGGUUGCUAAUGAGCUUCAUCAGGGUAUCUACCUUCAUUUCAUGAAACCAUAUCAUGCACGCUGCAUGGUAGAUGGUAUGUUUGGACUGAUCAGGAGGAAGAUCAGGAGGAGUGAUAUUGACAGCCUUGGUGACCUGAAGAUGGCAAUUGAGGCUUCCUCCAAGCACAACAAAGCCAAGCUGGUGUCCAGUGUGUCUGAAAACUCCUGGCAAUGGUACGACUGGAAAGGUUUCUUUAAGUCUACCUUCAGGGCUGUUCCAGGAAUCGCAAAAAACCAUCACUUCCAUUUUUCCUCAACCUUUCCAGGAAUUGUUAAGGUAAAGAAAUCGGUAGAUGGCGAAGAGAAAGACAUCCGACUUGUAAAGAGAGGGAAACACAUUCCAGAGUGUCUGCCUGCUCCAGUGGAACCGCAGGGACUGUCACCCACCCGGGCAUGGUAUUUGUAUAGACAGAUCCGUCCAUUUGUCCGUGGGCCUCACAAGGAUGACUUGUGUCCAGUGCCUUCUGCUGAUGAAGUCCAGACUGGUGCUAAUGUAACAGAGGAGUAG